UGAUCUAAAUCAUACCACAAGCGCAUCUCAAGUGGCAUAUACCAGCCCACAGUCAAAUUACGCAGGAAUUCCUCCCUUUUCGUCGCUACUCACUGCAAGAGAUCUGUUUCUUAGGAGGGACCAUCAUCCCGCAGUGAAUAACAAUCCUGAACAAACGUUUCAUCAUGCUUUACAAGCGUCAGUUAUAACACCUUCAUUUCAAAAUCAUGGUUUAAGUCUUGCUAUUGCAAGUCAACUGGCUAAUAAUGGGAAUAGUGGAACUGAAGAAACUCAUUCACUUACUGCACUUCGUCCUGUAAAUCAAACAGAACAUGUUGAUGUUACUGUAUCAACAGAUGGUCAUGCUAUCCUUUCAAAUACCACCACAACAAUGGUUUCUAACGUGUUACCAUCAACCAAUCUAAAAUCUGUCGCUAAUUCACGAAUUGAAACAUUAACAAGUGGUGCUUUUACUCCCUAUUAUAAACAAACCGAUAUCAAGCAAGAACUUACAUGUCAAUGGUUACUUAGUAAGGGUAAGCUUGACAAUUGCGUAUGUGGUUGUAGUUUUACGAGUCUUGUUGAUCUUGUCAAACAUUUAUCUAAUGAACACGUUGCAAACCCGGAGACUUCAAGUCAUAUUUGUCGUUGGGAUCAAUGCUCUCGUGAAGGCCGUCCAUUUAAAGCAAAAUAUAAACUGAUCAAUCAUUUGCGUGUACAUACUGGUGAACGUCCAUUUCGUUGUCCAUUUGAUAAUUGUGGUAAGCUUUUUGCGCGCUCCGAAAACCUAAAGAUUCACAAAAGAAUACACACGGGCGAGAAGCCGUUUGUUUGCGAAUUUGAAGGCUGUAAUCGACGCUUUGCAAACUCCAGCGAUCGUAAAAAGCAUUCUCAUGUUCACACUUCAGACAAACCUUACAUCUGCAAAGUUGGAGGCUGCGAUAAAAGCUACACGCAUCCAAGUUCUCUUCGUAAACACAUGAAGGCACAUGCGUCUGCAAAAGAAGUAGUAAGUAUGACGACUUCCCUACUCGUUAGUGGCGAGACUGAAGGAUUAUGUCCGUCGCUGACCACAGGUGGUGGUGAUACUACUUGGUAUAUCAGCGAAAAACUAGCAAACACAGCGGGAAAUGUUGAACAAUCAAAUGGUAAUACAUCUCCAAAAAACAGACUUAAUCCUGUUUUGAAAAAUAACGCGUGAAGGAAAGGUUACAUAGAACACAUGCUCAAAUAAACUUUGGCAAAAUGAUUCAGAUUCAAAUGAUUAUGCAGAAGUGCGCACUUUAGCUAUAGAAAUGAAUUCAGCUUGCUACAUAAAAGUCAGGCUUUUACUGCGCUGAAACGCCGUACUUUUGAGAGAACAGUAACAGUAUGAGUCGAAUGAUGAGGGGCUUGUUGUUCGAUUCAUCGCAAGGUCAGGUGAAAAUCAUAUGUUAUACUUGAUCUUUGGACAAAGAUGUCGGCAAAAAUUACUUCACAAGACCGUAUCACCUGUACUUAAAGGUAAACAUUACUACAAGACGCAACACAUUUUAAAUUCCAUUAUGAAUAACCAUUCAACCACGCGCGGGAAAUAUUUUGAUACUAGUGGUAGUAUCUCUUCGCGUUUCAUACAGUUUGUUUAUAAACAAGUAUGCAUAUGUUAUUGUAAGUAGAAAUUAUGAGAAUAGAUUAUAUUUUCGUUACGUUUAUGUCUGUUUAGAAGAUGAAAAUAUCGCUUUAAAAUAGCUAUGAACGUCUUUAUUAUUUGUUCAAAAUAUAUAUGUACUUUAAUUCUUUUAAAAAAUGAAAAACAAUUGCUUUUUCUAAAUAAAAUGUUUAAAUUAAGUAUUUUUAUGAUGCCAACAAUAUACCGUGAAAACCAAACAGCAUUAAACAAUGCUGUAAAUUUAUUGCGCA